AUGUUUGAAGUGAUCACUUCCGAGGCCUCUUACUACAACAGCCUCAACGUUCUGGUGCAGCACUUCUACCGCUCGCCUGAGUUUGACUGCGAGACCGCAGCACUUCAAUUCGCCAAGCCGUUGCAAAUCACCCCAUCCGUCAGUUCGAUGGCUGUCUCUAGUACCAACGGCUCUGCUGCGACUAAACAGCCUCUUCCAGUCGCCGAGGCGCCAAUUUGUCUGACCGAUGGAGGUGGUGGUGGCUCAGUCAGAUGCUCCUCGUCGUUUUCGUCGCCACAGGUCUCCAACGUCGAGGCUGGCGACUCUCUCUCGGGAGGACUUACGACCUGUUCUGAUUCGCCGAGGCGAAAUCUGUCCGGAACAACCUUGGGUCCCGAGGUUGUUGUCUGUUCAGCCGACGAGACGUCUUCUGUAACCAGCUCAGAUGGUCUAACGACAAGCCCAACUCCUGCGGGCUUGGGAACAGAUUCAACCGCUGGGGGCACCGGAGGUGAGACUGAGGCUCCAUCGCAGCCUGGCCUGCCCUCGAGCUCGCUGCCAACUGGCCCACAAGUCGGACAAACUACGGGUCGAGUCGGCUGUCUACGACCGCUUGAAAAGCAUCACCUCUUCUCAAAUGUCCUGCUGAUCUGUUUGUCGAGCGAAGCGUGA